CGGUCUUUGAAAUUUUGUCAAAAAUUGUUUCCGCUUGCGAAAAGUUCCGCUCAAGUCUUGGCUAUCGAACCGCAGGUCUCUAUCGCAUAUCCGUCAAAAGUUAUUCAAAAAAAUACCUACCGGUACUGUAUUUUGGGAUGGAUAGUAGUCUAUUACCAUGACUUGUACGUAUUAAGAAAAACCUGCACUUGUUUAAUCAAAUUCAAUGCAAGAUGUGUAUUUCUAUAUACAAUCGAGUGAGCUGUAUAACUUGACUCCAGCCGAUUGAGCGGAUUUUUUAUUUUGAACUCAUCUCAUUGAAAGUGACCGUUACGUGGACAAGCCGUUAAGUCUUUCUUGCGUUCUCGUAUUCGAAAAAAUAUCUUUAAACCUGCGCAGAAAAGAGACCUCUCCAGUAGGAGGAGGAUUCAGGGAAUAGAGUCUAAGCUCGUUGUAUUUUUCAUCUUUUAGAAUGUGCGUGAACGAAAUCGCACAGCAACACUACAUGUUAAUGACGUGGGUGUAUCUCAUAAUAAAAUGUUGAAACGAAAUCUGUCCGAUGAAUUAGAAAACGUAUCAAUAGAUCAUAUUUCGUUCAUUAACUAUUGUGCAUUUACAUGUGCUGAUACAGUUACAAUUAGUACAACAAAUAAAUCCAUGCAUUGGAAAGAUAACGAAGUUAAUGGAAUCGAUCAGUUUGGUUUAAAGUCAUUCUUACUGAAACUCGAUCGUCCACAAACAAUAAAUUUAUUACACACAUCAUAUUGGUUUCUAUUAACAAAUUCAGCGAAAUUCAAUUUUGUGUAUGACGAAUGCCAUAAAAUUAUUUUUGAUAAAGGAUAUUCCAUAAAUUUAUGUUACGGAGCUUUGACAACAAUGAAUCAAUUUGUCUGCUACGCAUCACCAUACUUCUUUGACUCUAAUGAAUUUUGUCGUGUUUACAAUUCUGAAAGUCAACCGCAAUCCUCUACAAUCCGUCUGGCGAUUGGCACCACAGAUAAUCUGGAUAAAAAUGAGAAAAUUAAUGAAAAAGCUAUGACAAACGUUCAACGAUGCUUCAAAAACUUUAUUCAUUUUUUUCAACAACAGAAAAUUUCAAUUUAUUUUGGUUCUAUAAACUUUAAUCGAAAUGUAGACGUUUCCAAGAUAAAUCCCGCGAUCAUCUUUCCUACAUUUAUCAAGAAUUAUGCAUGGCAGAUGUUACUGAAUUGUGGAUGCCGAAUAGAAGAAAAAAUUACACAUUCAUUCAUUCAAGAAAUGAUGAAACUCAACAGCGAUGAAUUAUUCUAUCAUGUUUGUGAACGAUUGGUACGACAAGCUUCUCGAUACUAUUUCUUGGACUUAUCGAAUGAAUUACGGUCAACGUUAGAUCAUUACGAAAGCUUUUAUCUGAACAGUCUGUUUCGUCAGUCUGCUCAGUCAUGGCAAAUGAUUCCAUAUGUUAUUGUAACGCCAACCGGUAUCAAAGUAAAACCAUUCCAAAUUAGUAAAUCUAAUCGAGUAUUCAGAGCUAAAGAUAAGUUUGGUGAUAUAAAAAACUUUGCUCUUGUUGAAUUUCGCGAUGAUAACGGAUGUCAAUUACAAUCACGUGAUUAUUGUAGUUUGAAAGAACUAUUUAGAAACUAUAUUAGUGAGAGUGGAAGGUUUCGAAUUGGUAAUCGUCUUUAUCGUUAUUAUCAUCAUGCACAAUCGCAACUAAGAGAACGACAGGUAUAUUUUUAUUACGAAAAUUUGCUGGAGGAUUGUUUACCGAUGGAAACUGGAUAUCUGUGGCUGGGUGAUUUUUCAAGCAUUCGAGUACCAGCAAAAUAUGCGGCAAGAAUGUCACUGUGUUUUUCAAGUACUGAAGCAACGAUAAGGAUUCACGAUGCUAUGGGUUUUAGAGAUGUUUCAAGUGUUAUUCAAAUUAGGUAUGGGGGAAAUAAGGGUACUUUGGUAUGCGAUCCAAGAUUGGAUGUUGAAGAAAAGAAGGUGAUAUUUCGACAUUCAAUGCGGAAAUUCAACACAGAUCACGAUACAUUAGAAUUGUGUAAAAGGUCAAUACCGCGAGAUGUCAUGUUCCUGUCAUUGCAACUUAAACAUACAUUUUGGUUAACAAAGCCUCUGCUUUCAACUACAUCUGCUAUAGAGCUAAUUCGUGAAAAAGUUCUUCGUGUAUUUGAAUUAGACAAACUUUCAAACCAUCCAUCUCUUUACGAUGAGCCAUUUUUCCGUCGAUUAAUCAUAGAAACACGUAAGAGCGUUAUGUAUAGUUUGAAGAAGCGUGCACAUAUUCGUAUUGAUAAUACCAAAGGCCGCUAUAUGUUUGGCGUAGUGGAUGAACAUAGGAUUUUAAAACCAGGACAGGUAUUUAUUCAAUAUUCGGAUAUGAAUAAUUACAGAAAAACAACAAUAUUGACCAAUGUCACAGUCGCAAUAACGAAAAACCCCUGUCAGCAUCCCGGUGAUCUUCGAACAUUCAUAGCAGUCGACGUUCCACAGUUGAGACAUUUAAAGGAUUGUUUAGUAUUUCCCCAACAAGGUCAGCGUCCACAUUCACACGAAAUUGCCGGAAGUGAUCUCGACGGUGACGAAUACACUGUAAUAUGGGAGAAAGAACUUGUUCCAUUAACACCGAAUUUCUUAGCAUAUGAUUACGAUUCUGAUAUUAAACAAAAAGAAUUAGAUCGUCCAAUAAUCCGACAAGACAAUGAAAAUACUGUCCUUGAAAUAUGUCAGCAAGACCAUUUAGGACGGUUGUCACACAGUGGGCAAUUUUGGCUAGGCAGACGGACAUUUGGGUUUAAAUGCAUCCAAUCAACUUAA